AUGUCCGCCGCCGCCGCAACCACGGCUCCCCUCCCAAACGGCACACCCGCGCCCGGCGGCCAGAACAACGCGUCGUCGGCAGCACCAGCCGCAGCUUCUCAAUCCCAAUCCCAACCAGCAGCCACCCAACCCUCAGCAGCAGGCGCCUCUCAACCACCAGCUACCACGACCGUAGCAGGCCCAUCAUCAUCAUCAUCAUCAACAGCAGUAGCAACAACAGCACCCAAUAAUCCCAAUGUACUUUCCACCGCCGCUUCCGCCUCCUCAGUAGCCUCCAACCCCCGCCCCCGCGACGCCCGCACGAUCGAGCUCCUCCUAACCGCCCAGGGCGUAACAGCCUUCGAGCAGCGCGUCCCUUUACUCCUGCUCGACUUCGCCUACCGACACACCUCGUCCGUCUUGUCCGACGCCUUACACCUCUCCGCCGACCCUUACACCUCGCACGCGGGCGCGCGGCCCUCGGCUUCUUCUGGUGCCGCCCCGGUAAACGUGGGCGACGCGACGAUUACGAGCAACGCAGUGCAGCUGGCCAUUGCCAGUCGGCUGAACUUCCAGUUCCGCGGCGGGAGCGGUGGAGGUACGAGCAAGGAGUGGAUGAUGGAGAUGGCGCGGGAGAAGAAUAAGGUGGCGUUGCCCAAGGUGAGCGUGAACGAGUGGGGGGUUCGGUUGCCGAGCGAGCGGUUUGUGUUGAACGGGGUUAGUUGGGGCCUGAAGGGGGAUGGGUGGAUUGCGGGCGGGGAUGAUGAAGCGAGUGAGGAUGAGGAGGGGGAUAGUGAUGAGGAUAUGGAGGAUGCGAUGGGCCUCGGCAGCAAGAAGGGGGGAGAGAAUGGGGAUACGAUGGAGGGGAUAGAGAAGGAGGAUAUUGGCGGGGAUGGGGUGGAGGGUGGCACGGUGGAUGACUUGUUUGGGGAGGAUGGUGAUGAUAAUGAGGAUAUGGAGGAUGUGGAUAUGUUCUGA